AAAAGAGCGCAUCUUAAUCCCAGAUUUAGAGUAAAACCUUUGCCAAAUUAAUCUCCUCAAAAUAAGAUUACUGAUCGCUAUGACAACAAGAGGACAAACUGCAUCUUUAAUCAAAGAUCAGUUCUAAUUAUGACAUUCUAUUAUUCGAAAUAAAAUAAAUAUAUUUUUAAAAUGUAAAUUAGAAUUUGAGCUUUUGAUUAAAUAAAUAAAUAAAUAUCUGGCAGAAAUAAAGGGGAAAAAAUCAUUAUAAUCAGCCCUUGUUCUGUAAUUGGCUUUGUCACUGUCUGAAGAACUACGAGUAAAUUGCCUAAAAAAGAAAAAGCAUCCCCGGUGACCAUGAGCCCUGCAGGGUGUUAAUUGAAAAACGCAAACAAAUGGAGAACCAUAGUGAUGAUGAGGGAGAGAAUAAAGGAGUUUAUUACUUCAGGCUCUCAAGAAGCAGAAGAGCAGAGAUGGAGUGAAAGGUGCGACUUUAUUCCUGGAAAUCAAAACUGGAGAUGAGAAGUAAUUUCACCAAUGUUUGGGGACAAGUGAACAGCACAUGGCAAGACACUCUAGAAGUUGCGUUUGUAGCUGCCAAUUGUCUGGUUUUGCUGGUCACUUUGCACGUUGGAUUUCUCGCAAACUUGUUCGUGGCGUGGGCCGUGCACCACCAGAAGUCGCUCCAGACGUCCAACAACGCUCUCCUGGUGAAUCUGGCCGUUAUUGACCUCUUGCGAUGCGCUGUUGAUUGUCCAUUGCUUCUCAGUGUCGUUUUGAGCGCUCGCGACGCGCGAGACCUCGGCGAUCUGUUCUGCAGCGCGCAGAUCGCGUCGUUUUCUCUCAUCUGUUGCGUGCAGUUGCUCACGCUGGCGUGCAUCAGCGCCGAGCGAUAUCAAGCCAUUGCACAUCCGUUUAAAAAUGCCGAGCGCAGAAAACGGAUAACGGCGUGGAUAGCGUUGACAUGGCUGCUUCCCGUCUCCACAUCGGUAAUGUGCGUGGUUUUCGCGAAAGACUCGCCGGUGUACGUCAGAUGCAGAGGUUUGCGCGUGGACACGUUAGACUCGUAUGACACGUUUGGAGUUUACAUUUUGACUCCCACCUGGUGCGUUUGUUUGACGCUCAUCAUUGGAUUCUACGGCCGUAUUUUCUUUAUAGUCAGAGCGCACGGUCGGAAAAUCUUUGAUAAGGGGUCGCUUCCACCACCAAAUAAGAAGAAAGAUGAUACAGAGCACAACAAAGAAGAAAAGGCUGAUAUAAAAAAUGAUGCAGAAAAACAACAAACCUUCGAUAGUGACAAUUUUAAACCGAAUCAAAAUGAGUCACAUGAAGAGAAUCCACUGGAUUUGCCUCCAACAUCUGAGGAACUUACCACAUCAUUUGGGAAGGAGUCCUUGGAUAUAAACAAACCAGAUCUUGCCAAUGAAAUACCCAGAGAAACCAAAGUCACCUUUAUAGAUGAACUUUCCAACGAAGCACCACAGGUUCAAGAAGUUCUUGUGGAGCCAAACGACCACCAACCUACUUCUGAAGAAAGUUCUUCAUUAACUAAUGAAGAAGACGAGGAGGGUGGUGUGGUACCAAACGUCCAGCACGAUGUUCCUGCAGAACGUUCUCAGUCAUCAGUAAAAGGAGAAGAUGCUGACCAACUAGAUCAUACUUUAGAAACUUUUCCUCCUCCAGCUAGUGAAGAAUAUGGUACUGUUAAGUCAAGCCCUUCACAAGAUACUACUGAAGAAACUUCUCCAGCAUCAGGGAAUGGAGAUCAAUGUGCUGAUAAGCAAAGCGUUCCUCAAGAAACGGCUGCAGAAACGUCUCCAGCAUCGACCGGUGAAGCCACAGCUGCUCCACAGGAGGAGAGGGAGGAGGAGGUGGCAGGUGCCGUCUGUAUGAUGCCAUCUCUCGCCCAAAGAGAACGAGGGAACGCCAAGAAGGAGAGCAAACUGGCCAAGCGCUCCGGAUACAUCAUCUUCACCUUCCUCAUAUUUUGGAUCCCGCUGAUUGCGACAGUGGUUUUAAAUCACUUCUUUCACCAAAACGACAAUCUAACAGUGGAGGUUUUUCGGGAGCUGGAGGUUUUAACAGUGUCUUUGGUCUGCAUGACAUCCCUCACCAACCCAAUCAUCUACGCUGCGGUCAACCCUCAGUUCCGCACAGAGUUUCACAAUCUGAAGACAAAAUGGAAAGCGUUCUUUACAUAUUCAUAGAGUUGAUAUAUACUUGUGGGGUUAUCAAGAGCCGAGAACCCAACACUGCAUCAAGGGGCUGUUUAACAAACUUGUUUUAUGGAACAGGCCCCUGAUCUGUUUAUUUGUGUUGUGUUGUUGUAUGCUGUUGGCCACAAAUUGAAUUAGAUGAUGCUGUCUUAAAUCUUAAUAAAUGCUAAGACUGUUAAUAAAAUGAAACCAAUGUUAUGAAUAAUGUUUGUAAACAGCUACAUUUUUGUAACAAUUAAAUACAGUGUAGCCUAUUACAUUACAUUUUGUAAGACAAUGUUCAGCCUUGACCUUUGAAUUUUUUUUUAAAAUUAAGAUUGAGCAUAGUGUUCUUUGAUUUACUUUUCAGAUUAUGAUGAAAAAUAAUUGAUUUGACUAAUAAAAUGUGAAAUACAUUUUUUUUAGCCAUGUAUAAGUUGAUAAAGCAAUGAGAAACAUUUUUUUUGUUUGUGCAUUUAUAGUUUUUUAUAUUGUAUGUUUUUCCCUCAGAGAUUGACCAGAGAUUUAUCUUAAAUUUCAUGUAUAAAUAUAUGAUAUAAUUCAACCAGAAAAA